AUGUCCUCCUCCGGUUACGGCUGCAGGUACAUCAGCUGGUGUGUGGACACAGCAGAGCUGCCGGCCUCUGCAACAGCAACCCCAACGGAAAGCAGCACAGGAAGAGAAAACACAACAAUAACCAGCCAAUGCUCACAGGCAAUACAUAAAGGCCGCAACAACUACUGCGUAUGGAAGCAGCAGCCCAGUGAUGCUGUGCAGAAGGCUGAAAAAGUCACUGAUUUUCAUAUAAAUGAAGGUGAGGAUGAUGACAGCAUCCUCAAAGGCCGAGAGGGGCACCCAAAGCUUCUGGAGGCUGAGGCCUCCAACAGACAGGAAACAUCCACGAAGCAGCUCAACGAUGGGAAAGUCCUGCUUCCCAGGAGCAGCCCGGUCAUCUCCAAACGUCACCGGCCGCGUUCCUGGCACGUUGGAGGAAACAAUCCCUCUAACCCCCCAAGGUUGGACUCUACGCCUCCUUCCUCUUGUUCUCUGUCUCCUGGACACCACGGGGGUCAGACAGCCACCAGUAUGGAGGAUCUGAGGUCCAAAUGGAGCUCCGGUCAGAGCUCAUUUCCAGCCCAGGUGGAUGAAAAGCAGCAGCGGGUUUCUUUCGCGUCGAAUCUAGACGAUCUCCAGAGUGAUCACAUCCUUCCCCGCGUUGGUCAGCACAGACUGGCCAAACAGCACAGAAACCGGAGCCAAAGUAACUGCGUUACCACUCACAAGACAGAACCGAACAAGAAGAGAAGUUGCAGUGCUAACCCAGAUUUCCCCGCAGACAUCUUCAAGACCAGCUGUGAGCUGGAAAAGGAAAACGCUCAUUUCAUCGUGGUGGACAUGGUACUGGAGGUGCUCGAAGGUGCAAAGUGGACUCUGAGCUCCGAUCAGUGGACCUCCGUGACGGACCCUCAUGAACACAAACAGUGUCAGAACCGCUCACAAGCAGAGGAAGGCAAACUGACAUGUGACACACACACAGAUGCACAGGGCAGCUGCACAGCUGACACCACACAGAUGACAUCAAACAAAGACACACACAGACACUACUCUUGUGGAAACCAGCACACACAGAGUAGAGAUGAUGAGGAAUCCGGGAAUGAAGAGGCUGCACAUCCAAUUAAGACUUUCUCUGUGCUCUCCACUGACAGUGGCUUUGAAGACAGUGGACCGGACACAACACUGAUGCCAACAGAAUCUCUCACAGAUGCAGACUGGUUAGCCCGGCAGCUGGUCCUGGAGUUCAAAAAGAGAUGGCUUCCUUCCCACUGGCCUGGGCGAGGCCGGCAAAGUCUUCGAAGCUCCCUUCAGGAGCUGCCGGGCACUGGGGUCAUGGCGGUGAGCAGCUGCCAUCUGGCAGAAGAGAUCCGGUUGAGGACCAGGAUGAGAGGCUCUCUGAACUGGGCGCCUCCGCGUUUCCAGAUCAUCUUCACCGUUCAGCCAACACACAGACGCAGUGAAGUGGUAGCUUUGCAGAACUUCCUCUGUGCAGGCUGUGGGACAGCGGUGGAGCCCAGAUACAUCAAGAAACUCCGGUACUGUGAGUACCUGGGAAGGUAUUUCUGUGACUGUUGCCAUAGUGGCUCCGAGGCUGUGAUUCCUGGACGGGUUCUGUCCUCCUGGGACUUUAGCAAGUACUCUGUGAGCGAUUUCUCCAAACAGCUGCUGGAGUCUGUGUGGCACCAGCCUCUCUUUGACCUGACCUGUGUGGGCAGGACGCUGUGUGGCAAAGUUAAAGAGCUGGACAAGUUCAGAGAACUCCAGGAGCAGCUGAUAGGCAUCAGGAAGCUGCUGGACAUAUGUAGAUUAUCAGAAAGGGCUUUGGCUGAGUUUGAGCAUCUUCCUGCUCACCUGGUGGAGCAACCACUCCUCUUUUCCCUGGACGACCUCCUGAGGGUGAAGAAGGGUCAGCUGGUGCCUCAGCUCCGGCUGGUGCUGCACUCCGCCACGGACCACGUCCAAACCUGCCAGCUGUGCCUGGCCAGAGGUUUUCUCUGCGAGAUUUGCAGAGAAAAAGACGUCAUCUUUCCUUUUCAGAGCAACCUCUGCAAGCGCUGUAAAGUGUGCAAGACGUGCUUUCACAAGCACUGUUUUGCGGAGAAAAGGUGUCCGAAGUGCGCACGGAUCCUGUCACGGACAAAAGUCCACCCCCAUCCAUGAAGCUCCAGGAAGUGGGACCUUUGGAUCACAUCAGGACUGUGUUUCGUUUCAUUGUAAUGAAAAAACACUGUUCACAUGAACUCCUUUUCAUUAUUUUCCCUUCCCCGUGAUGAGAACACACGAUGUCCCUUCAAAAAGGACAUUUUUAGGGACAUUUUUACCUCCAGUCUAAAUCAUUUGUUUUGUCAAUAGUUUGUUUUUUCAGUUCACCUCGCAUUGUCUGCCGACUUUUCCCUUUUAUGUUCUGUUCACAGGCCACAGAUAGAAGUCUGUUCUCAUCAAAUCUAGACUAAACAUCUUCAUUCAAUUAUGAUGACGUCAGUCAAUGGCAGUGGCUGAAUGCGGAGUGAAUUUGAGAACUGAGAAGAUUUAUUUA